UAUAUGUCUAUGGUUCAAACCACCGAAUCAAGGUAAACGUUAUCGGGUUCUCCAAGUCUAUAAUGCCCAAAGGUUUUGUACAUAAAUAUUAUUAUUAUCGCAAUCGUCGUGUCCGUUACGUCUUAUCAGCUCGACGCGGCACUGCGGUAGUUAUUUCGUUAUUUGUGACACGCGUAAUGUUCUGCUCGAUACUUUUUUAAUAUAUAGUUUGAUCACGGAAGGUGUGUAGUAGUGAACGCCGAUGUAGUACAACUUUUACUUUUACGUUCGUUGUUUAGCAGUUUACMAAUUUACGCUCUGUAACGCCUUCGCAGACAACGUUUCACUUACAUCAGUCGAAUUUCAUUUUUUUUUUUUUUACUCGUUUGCGGUUCUUGACAGUCGUGCAAAAUGUCUCUGGAAGAUGUGGAAAACAUCAAAAAGCGCAUCGAGAACUUCAAGAAGACUCUGUUGGAGCUGACCGAAGCGCCGGCCGCACAAGUGACGKCUGAGCACAAGAUCCGCGAGAUGUCCGCGGAAGUUGUCGAUUCGAACCCGUACAGCCGGUUAAUGGCUCUGCAACGAAUGGGCAUCGUAAAGAACUACGAGGACAUCAGAAAAUACACCGUGGUCGUGGUUGGUGUAGGUGGAGUCGGCAGUGUCACCGCUGAAAUGCUCACCCGUUGCGGUAUAGGAAAGUUAGUACUGUUCGACUAUGACAAAGUUGAACUAGCCAAUAUGAACCGCCUAUUUUACCAACCGUCUCAAGCGGGUCUAAGCAAGGUUACUGCAGCAUCUAUGACAUUGUCAAAAAUUAAUCCAGACGUUAAGAUUGAAACGUACAAUACAAACAUCACACUAACCACCCAUUUUGAAGAGUUCUUGAACGUCUUAAAGACUGGAGGAAUUAAUGGUGAUAGAGUUGAUUUGGUAUUGAGCUGCGUAGACAAUUAUGAAGCCCGAAUGACAAUUAAUACUGCAUGUAACGAAUUAGGACWAAACUGGUUUGAAUCGGGUGUUAGUGAAAAUGCUGUAUGUGGACACAUUCAGUAUAUUGUGCCAGGAGAAUCUGCUUGCUUUGCAUGUGCACCUCCAUUGGUUGUAGCUUCAGACAUAGACGAAAAGACAUUAAAAAAGGAUGGAGUCUGUGCAGCAAGCUUACCAACGACAAUGGGUGUUGUCGCAGGAUUGCUCGUUCAAAAUGCAUUAAAGAAAUUGUUGGGUUUUGGAACAGUUUCGUGGUACUUAGGAUAUAAUGCUUUGACUGAUUUCUUUCCUAGCAUGAUGAUUAAACCAAACCCAAAUUGUAGUGAUAAUUUCUGUUUAAAACAACAAUCAGAAUUUAAAAAUAGGGUGAAAGAGGAACCUGAAUGCACRAAURUAGAUGAAGAUAUUGUUACUCACGAUAGUAAUGAAUGGGGGAUAACGUUAGCAGAAGAUGAAACAACAGCAUCCAAUAAUACAUUAGAACCCGGUGAAUCAAUAAAAACUGUAAAUGCAAAUCAAAAUGUAAGUAUAAAGAGUGAUGAAGAAUACCUAUCGCUAAAUGAUGGAAUAGAAUUUGCUUAUCCAUCUGCUGAUCAAACAGCUCCAAAUGAUGAAGCCUUAGUGAAAGAAACAGAAUUAAACGUAGACGAUCUUCGAGAACAAUUGUCAUUGCUAUGAUUAAAAUUUACAGUUUAUGUUUAAGAAAAUGUUUUUAUAUUACCUUUCAUAAAGCCAUUUGUAAUUUAAAAUUUUUUCUAUUAGACCAAUGUUAAAGUAUGUUAUAUUUGUUCAUACAUAAAUUMCAAUUUAAGAUACUUAAUAAUAAUUUAACAAA